GACAAAAAAGUGUUUUUGUGUUUCGUUUGUCAAUACAAUUAGCGAUUGAAGUGAUUGUGAAUCAAAACAAUGUCUAAAUCGGACACAAAUGGCACUCAAGUCGAGUGGACGCCAGAAAAUGAGAUCAAAUUGUUUUACGCCAUGAGAGGACACAAACCCGUCGGUGUGGCGAAGAACUUUCACAUGAUUUGCAUUUUGGAUGAAUUCGUGAAACUGACGGACAAAGAGAUCACUUCGAAGAUCAUAUGGAACCGCUUGGAGACGAUGUACGACAUGGAGACUCUGCACGACAACGAAGACAUGCCAUUCCCUAACGUCAGCACUCCUUUCAAUAUUGAAGACAAUCCAGAAUUCAGUGAAUUAUUUGCCAAAAAGAGUGCAAACAAUUGCAAGACAUCUGAGAAAGAGAGCGAACCCAAGGAAGAGAUGGAGACGAGUGUGAGUACGAGUACACCCAAAACGGCCACAAAAGGCAAAACUCAUGACUUGAAUAAAAGCAAUUCAAAAGUCAAGUCCGAAAACGAGAAGAAUUCAAAGUCUGACCGAAAGGAAGAGUCGACCAAACAGUCAGAGAAAAGCGACGAAAGCGAAGACAAAACAAUUGUUCGCUCGAAGAAACACAUCUCAAAACAGACCACAGAAUUGAGAUCUUCGGCCCAUUCGACGCCUUCGAGCGCCAAAAAGCGUAAAUAAUUUUAAUUCAUUUAAUUUAAAAAUAAAUAAUUAUUUUAUUAAACAAAACAGAAAAC